CAAUCUGUUAAUAUUUCCCACCGGCUUACUUUCCGCAUCCAUUCCAGUUUAAGUGUCUUCUUCAAUCACCCUUUCUUUCAUUCUGACAUUUUCCCUCUCUUACAAGUCUUCUCUCUCUCUCUCUUCCAUCCAUCUUUAUCAGUUUCUCUAUCCACCGCACCGAUUUAUCUCUUUCUCUCUCCUCAAUCGCUGAUUAUGGCCACACUACAACCAUCAAUUGCGUCUAGAAUCAUCGCUGACAAGCAACCUGGAUUUUGCUCCAAUUUGAUCGCCAAACAACUAUCUGCUACUGCGAUGUUGAUCAAUUCUCAACUUACAGCGGUUUUGAAUCGAAGUUGUUGCAGUAGUAUCACCAACUGUGGUGGUGGUGCUUCUGUGAGGGUUCGCGAUUUCCCUCGUAAUCGAAAUUCUAACAAAAUUCGGUGUCGUUUUAGUUCUCCCAAUGAUGGUGACAGUGUUACUAGCAAUUUUGAAGGCGGGGAUGGUGAUUAUGUUAACUCUACUGUCAUUGAAGCUGCUGAGGUGAAAAAUGGAUCAGAGGGCUUUGUGAUUAAGAUGAGGGAUGGAAGAUACCUAAGAUGUGCAUAUAAUCAUCCCAAAGGGGGGUAUGCACCUGAUUAUAUUUCGCACCCUGCUAUUGUGUUGAAGCUGGAAGAUGGAAGUGAUAUACUACUACCAAUUAUUGUUUUGGAGAUGCCAAGUGCAAUGUUGAUGGCUGCUUUACGCAAUGUGGAGAUGGCUAGGCCAACUGUGUAUCAAAUAGUGAAGGAAAUGAUUGAAACAAUGGGAUACAUGGUUAAAUAUGUUCGAGUAACCAAGAGGGUGCAAGAAGCUUAUUUUGCAGAACUUUGUGUCAUGAAAAUGGAUUCUCAAACUGAGUCGCUUAGUUUUGAUCUUCGGCCCUCAGAUGCCAUCAACAUUGCUGUGAGAUGCAAGGCACCAAUACAAGUCAACAAGUCUUUAGCACUCAAAGAUGGACUCAAAAUUGUUGAGCCAUCAAAUCCUCCAUUUAGACCUCCACACUCUGAUGGCUCCUUGCUGGCAGAAAUGGAUAGACCAGAUGGGCAGCCCUGUCCUGAGAGUGAAGAAUUUGUUCUUCUACGUAACAUGCUGAUUGCUGCAAUUGAGGAACGUUAUCAUGAUGCAGCACAAUGGAAGGAUUUACUCAAACAGUUCAGGUCCAAACAACAAAAGUGGACAUGACAAGUCCCAUCUCACAUUUGGGUCAUAUUUAUUGAGCCUGCUGCUGGCAGAAAAGCCUUGUACUCAUGUUUGUGUGCAGUUCUGUGGCCUGUGGGUGCUCUCGACUCUUAUGUCAAUCUCAUCAAGUAAUGUGAAUAAUUGUAAAUAACUAAUUAUAUGGAAACGGUAACUAUUAGAAUGUAUAAUAAUAAGUUAAUAACUUGCUACAUGUAUAGUCGCAUUUCCCACUAACACUAUCAUGUGAAACUUUUCUUGCUUGAUGUUGAUGGCAAUAGUUUCAUCGACAUUGGUAGCCAUGGUUAGGUGCUUUUAUAUCCGUGGUGGUUACUCAAGUUGUAUUUCUUCCCUGGAAAUUUACACUUACAAUUUACGUCAAUAAUACCAUUUUUCAAUACCUUGUGAGA